AUGAUCGACGAGGAGGAAAAGCUUGCCAAGACCUCAAUGACGACGUCCAUUGAUACCUCCGCAGCCAACAAACCAGCGACCGAAUCGCCUGAAAUCGAAUCGUUACUGAGCCCCGUGCGACAGAAGAGAGAAUGGCUAGAAAACAAGUUCAAGGAAGACUUUUUGGCGAAUCGGCCACGACUUAGUCCGGGACAUGAACUUGUGGAGGCCCGCCACAAAUGGUUACAAGAAGAAGCCCGUCGGAAUCGGGAAGCAGUUAUACGCCUGAAUGACAUUGAAGUCUCGCAAGAUGUCCUGGAAGCCAAGAAAAAGUGGCUUACUGAAGACGAACGGAUCGUCCAGGAAAUGCGUGUGCAUGUGUUCUCCGAAAAUCCAGCUGGAGAUGGCAACGUUUCGGGUGAACCCGAAGUUGAUUUUCGGGCGUAUUCGUCUAAAAGUGAGCGACGGGAUUUGCCCAAUGAUAGAGAGACAGAAACCAGCUCUAAUGAGGACGAGCGCGAAGAUAACUUUGAGGACUGGGGUAAUCUGUUGGAAAAGAUUUUUACCGACGAAAUGGUCUUUAUCGAUGAGUCCGCCGAUGAUUAUAUUGAGGUAGCUCAAUCGAGGGCGGAAACACUAGCUCCCAUGCCAGGUGGCAUGCCUUCAUACCCACUUUUCGUUGAAAGCGACACGUCGGGAAUCUCGAAUAAAAAUCAUUGUGUUUCAGAAAGUUCAGAUGUCCGCAACGAGCGGACGACAGUGGAAUGCGAAUUAUUUCCGGGUGAAUUGGCUUAUCCCGAAAAAUCGAGGCGGGAUCCUGAAAAGACGGAGCUUUCGUCUGGAGAGACAGCUAAUCUGGCAGUGCUCAAAGCCGAAAAGAUGACAUCUGCGAAGAAAAAAGACCUAGAGUCUGCUGAAUCGUACUUAGCAAUUGCCGAUAAAGUCUACUGGGAAAGUAUGGCACUUUUGGAUCUCACUAGAGGUCAAAUGCAUGCCUCUCCCGCGAAAUUGUCGAAAGGGGAAAUUUUGUUGUCGACAGAAAAGGCAGGAGUGGAUAGUAACAAGAUUCGAGUUGUGGAAAAGGAACCCCUUGUUCCGCUCAACACGGACUUUGGAGUAGUGGAAGCGCGUUGUCUUGAACGUUGUGUCAUUUCUUAG